UAGAGUGCGAAUAUUAGAGGAUGGAAAAAAUUUUAGCCAAGUUAUUCAAGAGAGGUCUGUCCAAUACAAAAAUGGAACGGAAAACUACCAAUUUACAAUGACAAAUUUGAAUCAAAGCUUGGAAUACUUCAUAGAAAUUUUCUUUCAAUUCGAGAAUGUUAUAAUUUAUCAGUCUUCUUCUAAACACACAUUGAAAUAUCGAAAAUCUUCAAGAGGUCUUUUAAUUGAUGAUUUGCCUUUUAAGAUAAAUAGUGUGAAAAUGGUUAAAGUGAACGGCAAAUUGGGUAUACAAAUAUUCUAUAAUGUUUUCAAGGAUAUUGAAGGUAUUUUGUCAUACAUACUUUUGAUCAAAUAUCCCCACUCAAGAAACUAUUUACAAAUAAUGACGUUUGAGCCAAUAUCAGGAAAAAACAAUCAUACAUUUAUUAAUGUGGAACCAAAGCUAGAAUAUGAAGUAUCGUUAAUACAAGACCCUGGGAAAAGAAAUUUUUACAGAAAAGAUUCGCGUUUCAUAACUUCUCCUGAAUAUUUUUAAAUUAAUAAAUUAUGAUUUUAAUGUAUAAAUAAUGGAAGUCUUUUUAUAAUAUAUUUUUCUUUGCUUUA